AUGUCUGCGAAACCCAUGUCGAAACCUGACGCGGUCCAAGGAGAUGUAUUCCACUCAUUUAGUUUCGAACUUCAAGUUGAAUCAGCUUCCCAAUGCGCCCCUGCUUGUCUUGGCGAGAAAGUUGUUGAGGCCGAAGAAUACUAUCAUCGCGAACUCCGUCGAUUUGCUGAGGUCAAAGAGGAGAAACUUCGAGCUCAAGUCAUCCAAAAGAGGUAUCCAGUCCUGAUUUCGGCUCUAGAUAUGAAGGUGAAAGAGGCCCUGGUGGUGUUGGAGCUGGUGGCAACCAAAGAAGAGUUUGAAGAUGUGGUCUGCUCAUUGGGACUGAUGGGUGUGGUUCAACGGAUGAAAGAGAAGACGAGGCCCAUUCGCUGUAGCCGCGGCGAUGGUGAUGCAAUUUACUUUGCUGAAGACGACGCCCUCAAGACAGUAAACGGAGGCACAAGUCGGCGUAUAUUUGGACAGACGUAG